UAUCCAUUGGCCAAAUCCACAAACACUUUUAAACAUGGCCGCAUGUUGAAUGAAACGAUUUUCUUUACUGUUCGCCAAAUAAACUUUUAGUUAUACAUUAAUUUGGGUGUGUACAAUUUUGUCAUCGUAUUGAUCUAAAAUACAAUACUAUACGUCUCGACGCGAUUACAAAGAUGAUGCAUCAUCCGAAUAUGCACCAUCAACCGAUGUCGGGACAUCCGCCCCAGCAUCUUCCGACCCACCAGGGCAUGACUGCACAUCAUCAGAUGCCGCCGCAUCAAAUACACAGAGAGAACAGGCACGUAACAUUAACUAGAGUAACACUGGGUCCGUCAGCGGCGGGCGGUAGCAUGGGAGGGCAUGGUCAGAUGAGCGGCAUGGGAACCAUGACCGUGGCACCGCACCAUGCUGCCGGUCAGAGACCGCCUCACGCCAUUCGCGCCAUGCAUCAUCCGCCCGCACAACAUCAUAGUAUGCCACCGCCCCAAAGUCGCACGCUCCGUCGGCCCUACAUGAGCAGCGGAUACGGUGGCGUGCCCGGAUACGUGCCGCCGCCGCACGCGCACGCAGAACACAGCGCUCACACCACACAUCAGGCUCCUGGUCUGUGCAGGCCACCUUCUCCUAUACGGCCGAUGCAGCCAAAGCUAAGUUCAGAUUUUGUAACGACAAUGACAGCGACGGCAAGCGUAACCACCGAUCAGUCGAAUGAAGAGAGCGUGAGCGGAGCGGAUGCGAAGAGCGACGAGGAGCAGGCGGCGGGCGAGAGCGAGGCGCCCCGCCCGUCGCCUGCACAGGCCAACAGUAAAGAGAAGACGCCCAUGUGCCUGGUCAACGAGUUGGCCAGGUACAAUAAGAUUAAGCAUCAAUAUCGCCUCACAUCAGAGACAGGACCCGCUCACAAAAAAAUAUUCACAGUAACACUUCGCUUGGGUGAUACUGAAGAAUACACCGCUGAGGGGUCCUCUAUAAAGCGAGCGCAGCACGCGGCAGCAAGCGCGGCCUUAAGCGGCACUCGCUUCCCGCCGCCACCGCCAAGGGCCGCUCCCACUCACGCUUCACAUUCGCAUCAUCACAGGCAUGCUGGUGCAGUAAUGCCAACGGUGGAGCUAAACGCGCUUGCUAUGAAGCUGUGCAAGCCCGCCGUGUACACAUCGGUUCCACCAGUACCAGCCCCACGGCCGAGAGCUCGCCUGCCUCCACCCUACCGCUUGCCCUUCUUGCCGCCUUACCCGCACCCGCCUAGGCUUAUGGAGCCCGGACCGCAGCUGCUCUAUAGAUUUCGUGUAUGCGUAGGCGAUCGUGCGUGGUUGGGUGAGGGCAGUACGCCUCAAGCAGCCAGACACGAUGCGGCUGCUCGAGCCUUGGUCGACCUGAGGCCUCAACAUCACGAAACACCACCACAGCAUCCGGAUACACCUGGAGAAAGCGAAGCGGACCUCCUCAACUCGGAUGUGAAGUCCCCGGUCUCUUUGGUUCACGAGUUGGCUCUCAAGAGAAAUCUCAACGUCACAUUUUCCGUAAAAUCGGAACGUGGACCGCCACAUAUGAGGGUUUUCAUAACGAUUUGCAAAGUGGGCGAAAUGGAGACGGAGGGAGAGGGCAAUGGGAAGAAAGUGUCGAAGCGUCGCGCUGCUGAGCGGAUGCUGGAGGAGAUGCGCCGGCGCUGGCCCGCGGCUGCCUUACGUACGAGGCCCACUGUGGACAAGCGACGGCAUCCCCCGGCUAAGAAGAAGCCACGGAAUUUAAUUAAGGAAGGGGCGACGGGCGAUACAUCAGAGACAGGCGGUGGUGGUGGGGCCCCAGACAAUCCGAUCUCUAGAUUAGCGGUCGCAAGGCACGCUGUUAGGGCCCGAUCGCCACAAUACCGCGUCUUGGAGGAACGUGGGGCCGCCAGACGACGCGAGUUCUUGGUACAGUGUGAUGCCCCACCGCAUAGUGCCACGGGUCUGGGGCCAAAUAAGAAGACUGCGAAGCGACGGGCUGCGCAUAAUGUACUUUUGGCGAUGGAAAUGGCGAAUGGCGGUGAACCGGGUUCAUUGGCAUCUGCAACUGAGGCUACAACCAACGGGGAAGUGAAACCUGCAACUGAUGGAAAACGGAAGGAUGAAACUAGUGGUGACAUGCGACAACCAGUACCAGGAGUUUUGAUGGUGGACUACCACGCCAGAUCUGGUCAACCAGUGCAGACCAAUGGAGUUAAAGCGAGCGAGAACAGCGCUUUAGGGGGCAGUGGCGGAAACACGCCAGGCGCUAAAGAUCAGCUGAUGUACCUGGCACAGCUCUUGGGCUUCACUGUACAAUUCUCCGACUUCCCGAAGCGCAACCACGGCGAGUUCCUGUCUCUGGUGUCUCUGUCAACGGAGCCGCCCGUGAUGUGCCACGGGGGAGGGGCCUCCACGGCGCAUUCGCACGAGCAGUGCGCUCUGGCCGCCUUACGCGCCCUUGCCGGCAUGGGGUUGGAUGCGCCUGCGCAGGCUCCCACGGCACAAUUGCAGAGUAGCGGUAUAUCAAACGCCAAAAGCAACGCGAUUAACGGCAUGGCCGAGUGACCCACACCUGACGCUGCAAUCGACCCACGCAAUAUUAACAUGUGAAUAUUCAGCAAAAGUAACACAAUUCCAUAUAUUCACGAUUUUUGAUCUCGGGUCAAACUCAUUUUGACGUUGAAUAGAAUGAACUCCUAUGUUAAGGUCAUUUGCCGUGUGAAACUGUGAAUUCAUUACUAGCAAACUUCGAAAUGUAUUCGGAGAUAAUAAUACAAACAAACUUUCAAAUCUCUCCAUGUAUCUGUGACUUCCUCGAUGAAUGUGAUUAUUUUAAUUAGAAAAAAUCCAGUUUAAAACUAGACAAAUAUUAUAAAACAAUUGUAUAGAUUUAUUGUUAAUAAUUGCAAAGUUGUACAGUUUCAUGCGGACAUUUUGACAUGUUCAUUCUCUGUUGUUCUUACUAUUAUACGAUUGUGUAUUUAUUUUUCGAAUAAGUGAAUCUUUGUUAACUGAUUUCACGCCGUGGUUAAGGUGAAUCAAAAUAUAUUAGAAAUUAAUUAGUUAAAAUUCAGCCAAAGCGGCUCAGCGAGAUGAUAGAUUAGGUAAUUUAGAUUAAAACUCAGAGUGGUCACUUCUCAUACCUUGUCGUUUAGCGGAAAUUUCUGCGCCUGCGCAAACUAUCGAAUCACUUUUUUUAAAUAUCUUUAUCGAUUGUCUUUUUAGAGAACGGGUAAAGUCGGAACCUAAGGACACUUAUCUUUUUUUAUUUCUUCUCUUCUCAACUCUUCUUUCUUCCUCUUCUUUUGUCUACUUUUGGUUUUAACUGAAGGCAAAUAUACGUUUUUAAUUUGUAUGUAGCAUAAAUGUACCAAUUUGGUAAUAUUUGACCCUUGUUUGGAAUUAACAUUUUCUCUAAACGGCUCAAAAGGAUUAAUUGGUGCUAAUUCUAAUAUAUUCCACCGAGAACUACCAAAAGUUCUCGUUCAUUCUCGUCGUUGAAGAUUUCCAAAGCUCUCAUUCCUAUCAUGUUUUAGAAGUAUAGGAUUUCAAUAAAAUGUUUUAAAUCCCUUUUAUAAAAUGCAUAUAGUAUUUAAAAACUUAGGGUCCGAUUCAAAGUCGAGAUGUAGCGCUGAGUAUGACUUUGGUCAAAUACGUAAAGGAUUUGUAUCGACUCUGAGUGAAAGACUUUGUAAAAAAUAUUAAUACAAAGAUAUGUUCGCCUUACGUAUACGUACGUACGUUAAUUUUCGGAUCGAAAUUAUUGCUUAGUGAUUGAAUCAGAAUUAGCACUAGCAGCGAAGUGUCCGCUCUGAAGGGGCGUGUUGCAUCAUGCGGCCAUGAUGACAUAGCUUUCAUCGCCUCACUUCACGAUAUGGGCCUGUUUUCAUAGAACCGCUAUCACCCUGUCAUUAUCUACUGUAAGCGCGAAUUAUGACAUCCGUAUGUCAAAUCCAUAUGACGUACGUCAUACUUAGGGCGCGAAGUAACUUUUUUUACUCAUACGCGAUUAAUAAUUGUAAAUUCACUUGUUUGGCCUCGUUCAUGAUAAAGCAUUGUGAUGAUGCCCUCGACGUUUUGACGUGUUUAAGAUUAUUGCUAAUAUUUUGAGGUUUUUUGUAAAUUUUGCUGACUAUAUUUAAAAAAAAACGAUGGUUUAUUGAAUAUUGUCUAUUGAAAAUUACCUGAAGAAUAUGGUAUUUGUAUUAUAUUAAAAUCACAUAAUUUUUCGCGUUUCCAAUCGAGUUAAAAUAGAGUUUAUUAAUUCAUCUCAAGACCACGAAAGUAUAUUUAUUACUUUCGAGCGAUUAAUGUAAUAUUUUUUGGUGUAUGCAUUUGUAUGAAAUGGGGCCCAUCGCAAGUUCACCUUUCACCAGACGUGGAGUGCGGCGAUUCGUUUGGCCUCGAUUUUUAACUUUGACCCUACGCUAUGAAAUGUGUAAUUUUAGAUAUAAGUCCUCAAUAAACACUUAAUUUACGCCCCUCGUCUUAGGAGGCUUGGUCAAUCGUCGUUUCUCUAGAGUCGUCGAAGCUAGAAGGAUCGCUCUCUAGUUUUGCGAUGGUUUACGGGAUUUUUGAGUUUUACUUGUCACCUGGUAAUAAUGUCGAACUUUGACUGGACGAUUUUCCAAGCGAUUUUGAAUAAGGUAAAUGUCGCUUAACCGUAUGUGUAGCCAUUGCUGUUAUUGCUGUUUAGUGUAACCGGAGUAUUUGCGUAAAUAUGUGCUUUAUCAGUACAAUUGAUCGGUAAUGUUAUAGUUAUUUAUUUAGAUUUAAUGCUGUUAGCCCGAAGGGACCCGAUCAUUUGUAGGAUACCGAUUGUACAUUUCAUUGUAAUGGGUCCGAACGAUUCUUUUAAUUUAAGCUCCGUUACGAAGAUUGUGCGACUUUAAAUCGAGGCCAUUGGUUCAAUUUCUUCAUGUUGAAUGUUGCACAAGUGACAAAGCAUAAAGAAAUUCAGUUGUUUUAUUUAACUGAGACGCCAUAGGGGCAUUUUUUUAUUUAUUUUGUCCUAAGUGAUUAAUAUUUUAUAUACACCAGGAACAAGUCCCAAAUUAAUUUGCUGUUUCAUUAUUAAACAAAAUAAAUACGAAUAUAAUUACAA